AUGGCGUACAUUAUUUCUGUCGAUGUUGGUACAACAACGAUGAGAUCAUGUUUGUAUUCAAGCGUUUGUCAAUUAAUAAAGACGUUUGAGAAAACUGUAAAUUUUGUUUUUUUUUUAUUUAAACUAUUGUAAUUAUCCACAGAUACAACUAAUAUACGUUGAGAAUGAAGACAAGUCGAUAUCUGUGGAGAUGGAACCAGAAAGGCUAUGGCAAGAUUUUUUGGAACUCAUUAAGGAUGGAGGUAACGCUAAAAUGAAUUGCCGGACAAGCUUUUUUAGUUGCUUAUCUUAAUGGUCAAGACUUGGGAAUUGCACUUUGCACCCAGCGUAAUACGUUUAUAUCUUGGGACAAGUAAGCUGAUAUCAAGUACAAAAUUAUCUUAGAGAGUCUCUGCAACCAUGCCACAACUUAAUUACUUGGAAGGAUGGCCGGGCUAAUCGAGUGUGCGAAGAAUGGAAUCAAUCGUGCACUAUCAGAGCAAUCAGAGCCGGUGGAUGGAUCGGGUCGAAAGUAACAGGGUCGGCACGGUUUAAAGCCGCCGGUGGUUUUAAAUUCUUAAAUGCGAUGGUGUCACAUCGGUUUAUGGUUCUUUUGCAAUCUGUGGGUGUCUAAACCUUCGAAAAUGACAUAUUUAAUGACAUUACAGGAAGAAAAAAUGCAAAAGCUCCUGAAUGAGGACCGUUUAGUUAUGGGGACGCUGGACACGUGGCUGAUGAACAGACUAUCAAAAGGAAAAUAUCAUAUAACAGAACCGUCCUGCGCGUCUUCCACGGGAUUAUAUGAUCCAUUUAUUCGUGACUGGGGUCGCUCAAUCCUUAAGAUUAUCGGAUUCCCAUUAAGCGUUCUACCCAGCCUUGUCAACACCGCAAAGGACCCCUUGUGUAUUUGCAACGCAUCUUUGCUUGGAAAGGAAUAUCCAGUUUGGAGCACGGUAAUUUUUGAAAUGCUUUAUUUUAACGUUCUUCGAGAUGGGAGAUGCGCAAGCAGCGAUUCUUGGUGCAGGGGUAACAAACAGCAGGUUUGUGAAAGUCUCACUAGGCACGGGAACCUUCGUAAAUGUACUCACAGAAAAGGCGCAUCCCACUUUUAACGGCAAGUCAUAUUAUAACUUUAGUCAUCGCCACUUAAAGGUGUAUACCCACUAGUGGCUUGGAAGAUUGGAGACCAAUUUAAGUUUACAACGGAAGCUCGGUCAAAUGACACUGCCACUUGCAUACGAUGGGCUAAGAUUUCUGGCUUCUUUGAAGAGAUAUCGGAGUUGGAUUCUCUUACAAUUGACGAAAAAGAUCACGGGCUCCAUUUCAUUCCCGCAUUCAGUGGGAUCCAGACACCUGUUGACGACGGCAAAGCAAUCUGCGGGUUACUCGGGAUAAAGCCUACCACAAACAAGCGACAGAUUCUGCGAUCAGUUGUCGAUUCGAUAUCAUUCAGGGUCAAACAUAUCUGGGAUACCAUCUUGAAAGAGGUACGGGAGAUUCAACCCGAGGCUUUUCGGUAGGUGCUAGACAUUAUGAAUUAAUUAUUAAGAUGUAAGACAAGAAGAAUCAGUUUAGGGUGUGCGGUGGUGUGGCCAAGAAUUCAAUAAUAUGCCAACAAAUAGCCGAUCUGGUGAAGGUUAGGGUCGAGAGAGUAUCCGAGCCAGAAUUCGCUUCGGCCAAAGGAGCCGCUCUCAUGGCUGGGAUUACUGCUGGUAAUUUUCAAAUCUCAAAAAAUUAAUUAAUCUCUACAGGAUUAUGGAAUUUAUCUGAAUGUGAGAACUAUGUCAAUGUCGAAGAGAUUUUUUACCCAUCACCGAAUACACAACUUUUUCAACAAUAUGAGCAAUGGAUCCACGCAAUGGAAAGAUGUCUCAACUUUUAUGAAACUGACAAAUAG